GUCACGCAGCUGCCUGGGGGUCACGUGCAAAAAGGCCAUAAAUGCAGCAGCUUGGCGGCCGCACAAACGGCCAGCGAUCGAGCGAGCGCGCGCGCGCGCGGAUCACCUCCACCGUCGUUGCUUCACUUUGCUGCUGCACCCGAACACAACUAAGGUGGAAAAAUGGUCUUGGUGACAACCAGAGAGGCGCCGCCCUCGGCGACGGUCAAGUUCUUUGGCGCUGGCGCGGCGGCCUGCGUAGCUGACCUGGUGACCUUCCCGCUGGACACGGCCAAAGUCCGACUGCAGGUUCAAGGCGAGGCUCCGAAAGCUGAGGGUGCCAAUGCGAGGCGAUACCGCGGGGUGUUUGGCACCAUCAGCACGAUGGUGCGCACCGAGGGCCCCGCGAGUCUUUACAACGGACUGGUGGCAGGACUGCAGAGGCAGAUGAGCUUCGCCUCCGUACGAAUCGGUCUCUACGACUCCAUGAAGCAAUUCUACACUCGAGGCGCUGAGAGUUCGGGCAUCGUCACCAGGCUCAUGGCGGGCUGCACCACCGGCGCCAUGGCCGUGGCUUUCGCACAACCCACCGACGUGGUGAAGGUGCGCUUUCAAGCCCAGGCGCGCCUGUCCGACGGCACGAGGAGAUACAACGGCACUCUGGACGCUUACAAGACCAUCGCCCGGGACGAGGGGAUACGAGGCCUUUGGAAAGGGUGCGUGCCCAACAUCGCCCGUAACGCCAUCGUCAACUGUGCGGAGCUGGUGACCUAUGACGUCAUUAAGGAGGUCAUCCUGAAGUAUAACUUAAUGACAGACAACCUGCCGUGCCAUUUCACAGCUGCCUUCGGCGCGGGCUUCUGCACCACGAUGGUGGCGUCGCCCGUGGACGUGGUCAAAACGCGCUUCAUGAAUUCAGGCGCCAACCGGUACGGCGGCGCCGUCGGCUGCGCUCUCACCAUGAUGAAGAACGAAGGGCCCGCGGCCUUUUACAAAGGGUUUACGCCUUCUUUCCUGCGACUGGGCUCCUGGAACAUCGUCAUGUUCGUCACGUACGAGCAAAUCAAGCGAGGCGUAACGCAAUACUGGGAGUCGCCAUUUUGAAGCAGGAAGCCGCACAGGCUGAAGUUUUUAUCACGGGCGCAGCGUGGUGACGG